AUGCAGGAAAAGUCUGCUCCGCUUGGCCAGGUCAAGCCCAAAGCAGCUCAAGCCCACUUCAAGAAACCUGACCGAGCUGGCCCUGAAAGCGACCAAGCCCAGACAGACGUCCAUCUCCUCCAGAUGGACAUGGGAUCACGACCCCGAACUGAGGCCCGGGACUUUACGACCAGCAGCCGGCGCCCCAGCAGCCUCGCCAUGGCCUCGCUGGAGGACAAGCUGUCCUGCGCCAUCUGCCUGCAGCUCUACCAGGCCCCGGCGACGCUGCCCUGCGGCCACAACUUCUGCUACGCCUGCAUCCAGAAAUGGGAGCCCCAGAACCAGCAGUGCCCCACCUGCCGCACCCCCUUCUGCGGGGACACCGAUCUGCGCCGCAACGUGGAGUUCAGUGAGGUGGUGGACAUGGUGCGCGACGAGCUGGAUCGCCGGCCCGGGGAGCUCCCCGCCCCGGACCCCGACCCAGGGCCAGGGCUCGAACUCGCGACCAAGCCCGCCCCGCGCUGCCCCCGCCACGGCUGGCCGCUGGAGCUCUUCUGCCGCACCGAGGGCCGCUGCGUGUGCUGCGCCUGCACCGUGCGCGACUGUCACGGACACCAAAGGGCGCUCUUGCGCACCGCCCGGCGGGACCGAGAGGCCCAGCUGAAAGCAGCGCUGGAGACACAGUGGCAGCAGCAGCAGAACCGGACAGAGCAGCAGCUCCAGGAGCUAAAGCAGAAGAUGCUUCAGAUCCAGACCUCAGUCUGCACCGUGGCCUCGGUGGUCUCGGACAAGUUCAGCCACCUGCUGCAGGCGCUGGAGAAGCGUCGGGCCUCCGCCCUGCGGGACCUGGAGGAGGCCCGGAGCCGCGCGAGUGCGCAGGCGCAGGAGGAAGAGCAGCGGCUGCAGCGACACCUGCAGGCGCUGGCGGAGUAUGACAGCCGGGCCCGCGCGGCCCUGGAGCAGGAGGACGACGUCGCCUUCCUCCAGGGAUCGCAGCUCUUGAUGCUCCCCGCGCCCGUCGAGCCGCCCAGCCCUCCGCAGUGGGACGAAGAGCAGCAGGUGGGAGGCCUGAAGAAGUGGCUGAGCCAGCUGGCCGGGCUCCUCCUGGAGGAAGGGGCUCCGCAGGCACCAGCUGAGGCUGCCGGCUCGCACCCCCCGGAUGCCCCGAGCGUCCAGACACCGGUCCCUGGCGCGCUGUGUCCGGUGAGGAGGGAGCUCUGGCAAAAUUAUCGCAAUCUGACCUUCGAUCCCAGCAGCGCCAACCGCCACCUGCACCUGUCGCGGCAGGACCAGCGCGUGGUGCACCGGGCGAAGCCCCGGGACCAGGUGGGCCCCGACAGCUUCGAGCUGUGGCAGGUGCAGUGCCAGCAAUACUUCAGCAAGGGGUGCCACUACUGGGAGGUGCGCACGUCCGGGACCUCGGUGACACUGGGGGUGGCCUACCAGGACCUGCCGCGGUGCCGGGGGGAGCGCUCCACCGACAACAUCGGCCGCGGGCCCAAUUCCUGGGGACUGCACCUCCUGGACGACAGGACUCAGGCUUGGCACGACGGCAAAGCCCAGCGCCUCCCAAGGGUGUCGGGGCGGCUGCUGGGCAUGGAGCUGGACCUGCACUCCAACCGCCUGGCCUUCUACAGCCUGGAGCCCAAGACCCAGCUCCUGCACACCUUCUACGCCGUCUUCACCCGGCCCCUCUACCCGGUUUUCUGGCUGCUGGAGGAGCGGAGCCUGACCCUGCUGCAGAGGCCGGAGACCAAGCCCACCCCGGUGCCCGUGGAAGAACCCCCGGGGGCCAGGCUCUGCGGGGUGGACGUAGCUGCCACCUUGCCAGGGUCCCCCAGUGUGGGGAACGGAGCCAUCGGUCCUUCGGGAGAGGAGCUCAGGAGCCUGCCCCCGACAGAGGACUCUGCUGGUGACCAAGAAGUGAAGAACAUAUCUUGAAAAAAUACAUUUCUGCCUCACCUCCCUUUUUUCAUUUUGUUUGGUUUGGGGGUUACACCCAGCGAUGUACUCAGGGGAUAUUUCUGACUGUGUUCAGGGGACCAUAUGGGAUGUCAGGUGAGUGGAAAGCAAGCUCCUUACCUGC